AUGAUCGUUCAUUACUUUGAACGCAUUCAAAAUGUGAGAUUAACUGCAAGACAAUUUGACAUCAAACCUAAGCAAGUUCAUGAUUGGCGAAGUAAGAAACAGGAGCUUUUAAAUGCAGCACCCUAUCUUUUAACACUCAAUCAUGAUAGACCAGCCCAGUAUCUGCUCUUGGAAGAAAAGCUCAUUCAAUGGAUUGAAGUACUUCGCAAAAAGCAGAUAGCUGUAACACAAAACAUGGUCAUUAGAAGGGCUAAAAUGUUGGCUAAAACUAAAGAUGAUUUGGUGUUCGAUUACGAAAUUUUGGAUGAGAAUUCAACAAACAUGAACGAAGAAAAUAAUGAGGAGUUGGUUUUAGAUAAUAUUGAUGCUGAAGAAAAUGAAGAUAUUGGUGAAGAGUAUAAAGAAAUAGAGGCUGAUAAUGCUUGGGAAUAA